GCGGCUGUAAAUCCGCCUGUCGUGGAACUGCAGCAGGCAGGCAGGGACCCCCGCGGCGGACGGACUGCGGAUUAUUUCAUCCCACUUCUCCUCAAAGCACACAGGAAAGCCGCGGAAAUGUUCAACAGCAUGCACAGAGACCUCGACGAGGAUCCCUUCUUCUCGGAUCAAUUUCGUGCGCACAGGGAACACAUGCGGCAGAUGAUGCGCAGCUUCUCGGAGCCUUUCGGGGGGCCCAUAAUGCCCAGCAUAACAGAUGGGAGGCACCAUGGCGGUCGUGACCUGGCAGAGCAUCCCAGUCCUUCCCAUGCGCUGAGGAAUGAGCACAGGGAUAUGAGCCGGUCACUGUUUCCCUUUGGCAGUGUUGACACUUCGGACAUGAUGAGGAAUCCCUUCGGUAUGUUUGACAGCAUGAUGUCCAACAUGAGAAACAUGAGGCUGGACGAAAUGCACAGAAACUUUGACAACGCAUCUACAGAUUCAAGCUCACACUCGUUCAGCUCUUCAUCGGUCAUGACUUACUCUAAAGUUGGAAAUGAGCCCCCCAAGGUCUUCCAGGCGACCUCAACGACACGCCGUGCUCCUGGAGGGAUAAAAGAAACCCGACAGGCGAUCAAAGACUCUGAAAGUGGUCUGGAGAAAAUGAGAAUCGGUCACCACAUCCAGGACCGGGGACACGUUGUCGAGAAGAAAAUCAACAAAAAAACAGGGGAGAAGGAAUUCAACCAGGACUUUCAGAAUAUGGACGAGUCUGAAGCACAGUCUUUUGACGACGAGUGGCAGCAGGAGGUGUCAAAGUUUCAGUCGUCUUGCCCCAUGUCCCGCCUGAAGGAACGCCAGCCCCGUGCCGCUCGCCAGGCUGCGAUCACCGGUCCGGAGCAGGACCACAGAGACCAAGGAAAAAGCAACACCGCUGAGGGAAGAAGAAGAAUCAAAGACUCAGACCCCACAAAGCAGUAAAGUCCUCUGUGAUGGGUGUGCUCAUUACAGUCUGUCAAACAGCAUACAUUCUGCCUUGAUGCCUUUCCCCACAACCCACUGACAAAACACACACACACACACACGCACGGUCUUGUAUUUCUAUCCUUGUGGGGACCGUCCAUUGACUCCCAUUCAUGUCUAGCCCCUAACCCUGACCCUUACCCUAACCCUA